AUGUGUAUUCUACUCCUUUAUCUUGCUUUCUUCCCUGGAGUGUUCAAUCUGCCUGGCAAAACCGACAGCAAGGCGCCUUUUUCCACCUUGGCUUCACCAAGUUUCAUAUUAACAAGGGCAGAAUAUAUACAGGAAUACUUCUCGCUUGAACGCCGUUUCUGCAAGCUGCUAAAAUCUGACAGCCGCCAAGCCGAAAUUGACCAACGCGAUUUUUAUCACUUCUUCCCUUCCUCCAGAGACGAGGAAAAGACUGCAAGACAACAACUUCCUGACUCUCCGUUGCCGCCAGACAUCCACUGCUGCGACCGUUUCGAAGUUGCCUGGUUCUCCCCUUUUACCCCCCUCAGAUUCGAGAACACCCAACGCGCAUUUCUAUGCCAUACGCAGCUGUUCCCUGAGCUUGUUGCGGCUCGUUACCGACCUACUAGCGAGCUCCCCGGUUUAUUUCCUUGUUUCCUUAUGGCGUCUACCAGCGGCUUAACUCGCCGGCGAGGAGCUGGUCGAGGAGACGGCGGUGCUGAGAGCGGCAGAGUUGCUUCGCCGGCGUCAUUAAACGGUGCAUCCCAGGAAGGCCGUGGAGAGUCUUCGUUCACCGGCGAGAAUGGACACAAAAUUGCUUUUGACCCGAGAGAUAUCAGUGAGAAUGAGGAGCGGAGUAAGCAACCAAAGCUCACGCUUAUGGAAGAGGUGUUGCUCUUGGGCCUGAAAGAUAAGCAGGGAUACUUAUCAUUUUGGAACGAAAACAUCUCAUAUGCACUACGAGGUUGUAUUGUGAUUGAACUGGCAUUCCGAGGUCGAAUCAGUAUGCAAAAAGACUCAUCGAGGCGGCGGUUCCCCCUUGCAGACCGGAUAAUUGAGGUUAUCGAUGAUACCUUGACUGGAGAAGUCUUGCUGGACGAGGCAUUGAAGAUGAUGAAAGCUAGUGAGAAAAUGAGUGUGAGCUCCUGGAUCGACCUUAUGAGCGGCGAGACCUGGAAUCUGAUGAAAAUCGGCUACCAACUGAAGCAAGUACGAGAACGGCUUGCCAAAGGUCUAGUCGACAAAGGUGUCCUCCGAACCGAAAAACGCAAUUUCCUGCUCUUCGAUAUGGCCACACACCCGGUCGCCGACGGCGGCGCAAAGGAAGAACUACACAAGAGAGUCCGCAACAUCUGCAGCAGCCGCACUGUCAUGCUACCCCCGAACCAGUUCCUUCCAGAAGAUAUUGAAUUCAGGUAUCUACGAACUAUCGCAUUGGUCUGCGCUGCAUAUGCUGCGAAUGUGCUGGAAAAUGCGCUUGUAACCAUGGGGCAUGAGGCUAGGGAGCGGGCCUUUGCGCAGGUUGAUGAGCUGUUGGCUGAAUAUUCACAGUGGCCAUUUGUGUCGAAUAAGGGCGCUGGCGCACAUGUUAUUGGAGCUAAUCUACCACAGGCUGUGGCAGAAGAGGUUGAAAGGGCCAAGGAUAAGGAACUCCAGCUCGAGGUGUAUUCACUCGCCUUGACUCCUUGCUUUAAGCGGCCUCCCUUAUACCGACCUAUCAUCAAAGCUGGUUCAAUGCCUAUUAAUGUCUUAUAUCUUCAUUUCAUCACAUCUACCUUUCUUUACCUUCUAUUAUUAUCCGGACACCUCUUUUACCCCUCUGCUUCUCUUCUCUUGGCUCAUGCUCAAAUGUGUUCUUAG